AUUAAAAAAACAAUUAAACAUUAAAAGAAUUCAACUUUUGAUGGCAAGAUUCCGGUCCUCGUGGCUCUGGACUGAGUUAACUAGGACCCCUGAGUAGCUCUGCAGUUUGAUUUCCAGUAACCUCAGGAGCAAACAUUCUGAACAUAGGUCAGCGUGGCUGAGAACUUUGUGAAUCCUCCCCCCAAAUGCUGGAAAUUCACCCUUUCCCUCACCUCCUCUCUCCCCAGCCUUGUUAGCAUGUGGACAUGUCCAGCAUCGCACCCCUCGCGGCCUCUGUAGAGCAGUGCCCGCUUGUCGGCCUCUCCUCCUCAUGGUCCCCGUCCGUCCAUGGAGGAGAGCACAAUGUCAGAUCUCCUUCUCAACCUGGACACGUCCCUCCCAGCGCAGCCCAAGAAGGCGUCUGAGGGGAACAAGAAGCACCAGCAGUUCAUCAGGCGCCGGCAGUUCCUGGAGCGGAAAGGCUUCCUGAAGCAGAAGCAGCUCCCGGGUCAAGCCCCCCUGCCGCGGCGGGAUGCCUCUCAGAAGCAUGGCGGGGCAGACUGGGAGCAGGACAGGAAGAGGCCAAAAGUGGACAUGAAUGGGGCGCCCGCGGGGCAGGACAGGAAACUGCUGCGGGAGGACAGCUCGGCCCGCAGGACCAAGACAUUUCCCAAGGAGAAUGCCGCCCGCGUGGCUAAGGACUCUGGGUCCCAGGGAGGCAGUGCCUCUGGGGGGGCCCCGGCCUCCAGCAAAGCAGGGAGCGGUGCGGGUGGCACUUCCUCCGCGAGGCACAACGGGACGCAGGCCAAUGGGGCUGCGGGCGAGAUCCGGAGGGUGGCCCUGCUGAGCGAGUUUGAGAGUGGGCUGUCCCCGGUGCUGCAGCCGCCCAAGCCCAGCAAGGUGGUGGCCAUCGACUGCGAGAUGGUGGGCACAGGCCCCGGCGGGCGCAACAGUGACCUGGCGCGCUGCAGCGUUGUCAGCUACCACGGUGAUGUGGUGUAUGACAAGUACGUGCGGCCCCUCAGCCCCAUCACCAACUACCGGACACGCUGGAGUGGCAUCCAGAGGCACCACAUGAAGAACGCCGUCCCCUUCAAGGUGGCCCAGAAGGAGAUCCUAAAGGUCCUCUCUGGGAAGAUAGUUGUGGGCCAUGCCAUCCACAAUGACUUCAAAGCUCUCAAGUACUUCCACCCCAAAUCGCUGACCAGGGACACCUCCAAGAUCCCUCUGCUGAACCGCAAGGCCGGCUUCCCGGAGAACGAGCCGGCCUCCCUGAAGCGCCUCACCAAGCAGCUCCUCCACAGGGACAUCCAGGUGGGGCACAAAGGCCACUCCUCGGUGGAAGACGCCCGGGCCACUAUGGAGCUGUACAAGGUGGUUGAGGACGAGUGGGAAAGGCACCUGGCCACCUCCUCUCCUCAGGACUGACUCUCGUCGUCACCAAGCCUUGGAACCCGGAGCUGCCGGGGGAAGCCAGCACUCCCCCCGCCCCCCCGGAGCUGUUUGGAGGAUGAUGCUCCCGGGUCCAUGGGGCAGAGGGAGAGGAGGACUGGCAGAGUGAAGGAACUGACGGGGGGCAGGGGAGGGGGGAGAAGGAGGCAAGUGUGUCCAUUACAUCGCUUGCAGCUGACGGCAGCCUUGGCGUGUUCCUCCCAUUCCUCUCUGUAAAGGUGCUGAGCCUCCUUCCCUCAGAGGGAGGGGGGACUCCCCACCCUCCCAGGCAGGGGGGGGGGGCUUUCAACAUGGUGCUAUCCACUCCCCAGGCCCCAGUGGCUGUGGGGUUCGCGUGCUGUUGGGGUUGGGCACUGACUAGGCCAAGGUGCCCAUCCUGUUGCCUCGGCCGGUGGAUCUUUGGUGACCCCCCUCCCCGCCUCUGCAGUGGCACAGGGAGACGGGCUUCCUGCCCUCACCCCGUUCCUCCUCUCCCUGUUAAAAGGGCAGGGGGGGCACUCAGUUCCUUAGCUGGACUCCUGUGGGUCUCCCCUUAGUGCUCUUCAGCUCGCCUCUGUGUGGCCCUGUGUGGACGGUGACCCCCUUGGGUUCUCGUUGGCGGGGGGUGUCUCUCCCUUCCUCUUCCCACUUCCUCCACAUCCUUCAUUCUCUCUCAUUAUUCUCCUUAAAUCUGUUUCCACCAGCAGGUCCCCGGGUGGGUUACAACAAUGUAAAACUCAAAACAGUUUGCAAUCCCAGGAACAUCCCCCUGCCCCUCCCCACUUGCCCCCUAAACUUAGAAGAAGAAAAACCCCGGAACAUUUUCUGCAGGAGGAGCUGGUGCCUUCUGCCCUUAUGGUCUCCUCCUGGUGAAGAAGUGGGGCCGGGGGAAGGAAUAUCUCUGUUCCCCUCGAGGGGAAGGGGGGGCGUUGCCUUAUGUCACCCUGAGCCCAGACGCUGGGAAUGCCCAUAGCACCCACUGCAAAGCACCCCCUUCUCAGCUCAGCAGAGGUCCUGGGGGCCUGGCUGGGACGUCCUCAAAGCCAGGAUGGGCAGGAUCCUGUUCUGUCUGGGCCACCCUGGAGUGCAACUCCCAUCAGCCGCAGCAUCAGAGGCUUGUUCUGGCCACAGAGCUGUGGCCUUCCAGGCUCUGGAGUGCGCCAGGUUGGCCAAGGGCUGAUCUAGGGCACAGGGCUCUCUGCAAAGGGCGAGAGGGGGAGGCUGACCAGGCAGGCCCCCUCCCCUUUUUGAUUUGCAGAGGCUCUUCUUUCCCCCUUCCAGCUGCACAAUCAGAAUGAAUGGUGCAGGUCAGCAGAGCAUUCCUGGAGCACAAAGUUCCCCUCCUUGGAGAAACCACAACGGUAAACACUGGGCACAUUUUCUCAUUCUGACGCUGAAAAUUCCCUGGAACACUGUGACCCCCCAUUGCCACCCAGCGUCCCAAAAGUGGCUCCAUUGCUGUGGCUUGGCCAGUGAGUGUCUCAUUCUCUAUCACUCUCUGUCUUUUCUGUCUGGUGCUGUUUUCCACCAAGUGACCAUGAAGCAAGAAGGUGAUUUUUGUGUGUGUGAGUUUUGGAGUACUGUGCAGACCUUGCUGUUAGUUGUGACGCCACGUGUGUUUGUUUGUGUGCGUGUGUUUCUGGGAAGGAGCCACGAAGCACAUUGCUUUUAAUGAGAUGCCGACAGUUACUUUGAAAGAAGAGGUUUGUUUUUCUGUGUCUCCCCUUUUGCCUUUCUCCACUGAGCCUUGGAUAAAGAAAGAACAACUUCCCAAAUGUCCUCCUCUCUUGCCUUUGGAGCAGCCUCCUUCCCUCCCGGGGUUUGUGUUUCUGACUGGAGAAGGCGCAGCUUGGGGCUCCCCCUUCCUCCUGGGCUCUUGGGGACUCGCCACAAAGGGGCGUCCGCAGUCUACCAAGUGGGCCUCCAGGGAACUCCUAAUUUAUUUUAAACAAACUUUAUUGAACAUUUUAAAAAACGGUUGCCAAAUGUAUUGUCAUUUCCCCAUGGAAAUCAUUGAUGCGGAUCCUUUGCAGCAGUCUCAGAAAGAUUCCUCUCAAGCUGUUUUAAAGUGAGCAUUUUUAAAAAAACAAAGACAAAAAUUGAAGAAUAAUUUUAAAUCCACCCGCACAGGAAACAGAUUUCCUACAAAAAAGCCCACACGCUCUCUGCAAAAAAAGAAACUUACUUAUUCCAUUUGUGUUAAUGCUGGUAAUUAUGAACGGGUGUGUCUUCUGUCUGUGCUUGGGAUUGUUUUGUCUUUUUCUAAAAAAGUAAAAUAUUUCACUUAC